AUGGACGGCGAGAACGCGACCACGACCGAGGCGUCGAUGCUGUACCAGGGCAUCGGCAUGCUGCUGCUGUGCGUCAUCUUCUUCGUGGUGUGGCUCAUGGCGUGCCGGCGCAACCGCCACCUGCUGGACAUGGAGGUGCCGCUGCUCUCGGGCGAGUCGGUGGACCACCGCAUCGACGCCGCCACGCGCGAGGCCGAGGCCGGCUACACGCAGUGCGCCAGCUGCGAGUUCGAGAACUUCAAGCGCUUCGACUACUGCGUGCUGUGCGGCGACAAGCUGCCGUCGCUGUCCAUGGCCACGGCCGACGAGGACGACGACGGCAGCAGCGACGAGAACGAGCGGCAGGAGUCGGUGCGCGCCCUGAACGUGGUGGCGAGUGACGCGCGCUCGUCGCUCGUCAUGUCCCCGCGGCCGCGCAAGAUGUCGUCGCUCAGUCGCCAGCAGCGGCGCGCCAGGAACCGCCGGGAGUGGAGCCGCAAGUUGGACGUGGAAGGGAACCUCUUCUGGUACCGCAGCGGCGGCAGCAACCUGCCCGCCAGCAGCGAGGCAGACACGCUCAUGCCUGGAUAUACGGUGCGCUUCAAGUUCCCGGAAGAGGAGGAACCCGAGCAGGAGCAGCAGCAGAAGGAAAAGGAGGAGAACGAACGCACGAGUGAGCAUGAAGAGGCGCAAGAGCAGGAGCCAGGGCAGGCGGCAGACACAGAGCUGGUGCUGGCUGUGGAGCAGCCGAAGGAGGACAAAGAGACAGCCGAAGACCCCAAGCCAGUGCUGCCCACGGACGUGCACCUGGAGCUGGUGGAGGCGUCGGCGUCGGAUCCGGCCGAGUUCGCCACGGGCAAAUCGACGCUGGCGGACGCCGGAGCUGAGAGGAGGAAGGAGGCCGUGUCCUUGGCCGAGAGCGACUUCCCAUCCAAGUACGCGCAUUUCGUCGUCAGCACGGCGUCGUUGAUCGUGCCUGCGGAGGUGGAGUUCCUCAAGCUCUCGGUGCACCGCGAGUACAUGCUCGAGGAGUCCAUGGACCACAUGUACUGCAUCCAGCCCAAGAACCUGCGCUCCUUCAUGCGCAUCAAUUUCCUGGACGAAAGCGGCGUCGACGCUGGCGGCGUGCACCGCGAAUGGUUCAUGCUAGUGAACGAAAUGCUGGCGUCGCCGACGCUUCAGCUCUUCAAGUGCACGAACAAGGCCGACCAGAGCUACUUCCUCAACCCGCAGUCGCGCGCCGAGGUGGGCGAGGACCACCUCGCCUACUACUUUGCCACUGGGCGACUGAUUGGUCGAGCUCUGCUUGAAGGUGGCAUCUGGGGCUUCCACUUGGCACUGCCGUUGCUGAAGAUCAUCCUGGGCAUGCCGGUCACUUUUGCCGACAUGGAGUUCCUCGACCCCGAAACUUACCGCAGUCUGCGAUGGUUAAUGGACAACGACGGCGUGGAUGAUCUCGGACUCGACUUCAGUAUUAUCGAGCAAGUGAACGAUUCCGAGAAGGUUGUGGUGGACUUGAUCCCCAAUGGACGAAACGUGGCCGUCACGGACGCGAACAAGCGCGAGUAUCUGGAUCGGCGCUUCCGAUACGCGCUCUUCGAGAGUGUGGCAGACCAGAUGUACGCGUUCCUGAAGGGUCUGUACGAGGUCAUCCCGCGUGAGAUGCUGAUGACGUUCGACGCGGAAGAGUUCGACUAUCUGCUGUGUGGCUCCCCCGAGAUUGACGUGACGGACUGGGAGGGUAACACCGUGUUGUCUCCCAAUCUCGAGGGCGCUACCGUCACCCGCUGGUUCUGGGAGAUUGUUCGGCAAAUGCCCAACGAGUACCGCCGUCGCCUUCUGCUGUUCGCGACGGGAUCUGCCUGCGUCCCGCUGUCGGGUUUUGGUGGCCUCACCAGCUACGACGGUCGUCUGUGCCCGUUUACCCUCAAGGGCGUGCCGUACAAGACGACGCAGUACAUUUCGAGCCACGCGUGUUUCAACCGUCUCGACUUGCCACUGUAUCACAGCAAGAAGGAGUUGAAGAACAUGCUGUACGCUACGCUGGACACCGAUCUCACGGGGUUCACGACAGCAUAA